CACUCUACAAAUACGAAUCAGUCAAUUACAGUCUCUUUUUUGCAGAAUGGCAACGAAUAGCCAUAAACGUAUUUGAGUUGUCCAGAAUAAUCUUUCUUAGGAUAAAGACCAUUGUUUUCUUUCUAUCAUUUUCAGGACUUGUUCGUGAACUGUGGUCACCUCUGGUUGUCAACAACAUCAAAUCGUUUACUAGCAUACCAGAUUACCCUAAUAACCCCUCUGUUUUGUACAACAUCGACAGAUUUUCAACUCCUCGUGAGAAAGGAAAGAAAUUUGGUCAGAGACUCCGGGGCUACUUCAAUGCCCCACUCAAUGGCCCGUACAUGUUUGCAGUUUCGUGCAGUGAUGAAUGCGCAUUAUUCUUAAGCCCAAAUGAUGAUGAAACGAAAAAAUCAAAAAUUAUUGAUCAUCCUUCCGAUGGGGCAAGAGAUAUGAGUUCACAAUACGUAACCCUCAAGGCUGGCAGAUCCUACUUCAUUGAAGCGUUAUCGAUUCAAAAUGAAUGGGUGUCACCCGUCCGGGUAGGCGUUCGUCUACCAAGCGGUUCUGUGUCAGCACCAAUUGCCAAGGAGUACCUGCGUCCAACUAGAGCUGGUUUAGCAGAUGAAAUUUUCUACAAUAUAUCCAGCUCUUCUGUGAAGGAUCUCAUAAGUGAUGGUACAUUCCCAGAUAGGCCAGCAAGAGGACGGUCAAUAACUGAUUUCGAUGUUACUGAUUUUGACAAAGAUACGACCAUAGGCCAUCAUGUCUCGGGAUAUUUUCUUGCACCAGAAACGGGGAAGUUUAAAUUUUUCGGUGCAUGCACAGAUGGAUGCCAGUUAUUUCUAAGUAAAGAUGAUACAUGCAAUAAAAGAGAAAAGGUUUUAGAUUAUCGACCAUCCUCUACAAAGCAAAGAUUUGAUGUUUCGAAGCCUGUUUCCCUUGAAUCUGGUAUGUAUUACUUCAUCGAUGCACUUCAGACUGCCGUAGGUGGGAAAAGAAAUAGCAUAAAGAUUGGUGUUGAAAUGCCAAGUGGAAAGUCAAGUUUUCCAAUACGAAAGGAGCUGUUAUCACAGUUUCCACCAAGCAGACAUGGAGUAGUAAGGGAGGUCUGGACAAACGUGAAAGGAGAGGAUAUACGAGACUUGACUGCAUUGACGUCAUACCCAAACAUCCCCUCUUCGGUAAAAAUACUUCAAACUUUCGAUGCACCGUAUAAUGAAAGAUACAAUUACGGACAAAGAGUGCGAGGCCAGUUUAUUGCACCAAUGACAGGUGAUUAUCGGUUCGUUAUGUCAUGUGACCGCAAAUGUGAGCUGUGGUUAUCUAGCACUGCAAGUGAGGAACACAAAAAGAGGCUAUUGAAAGAGAGUCACGUGACUGCACGACACCAGUUUGAAAAGUAUCCUGAUGAACAGGUAUCUCCGCCUAUACAUUUGGACAUUGGGAGGGAAUAUUAUAUAGAAGCACUCCAUAAAGCUGGUACCGGAUUAGAUCAUUUGUCAAUCGGAGUCACACUACCAAAUGGUGAAAAUGAAUGGCCUAUACCACAAAAGUAUCUCAGAAUGAAAUCAAAUGAAAAGAAAGAGACACAUUUAAAAGACCCUCCUUGCUUAUUCAAGAAUCAAGAACAAAGUAGUCCAGCAAACCCGGGUGAUGCUAUCGUGGACAGCAACGAAAUCGCUGCCAAUCCAACGAGUCAUUCCAAAGAAGUCAAGGUGUCGUCCUUUGCACUUGAUAAUGCCUACGAGAAGAUAGAAGAGUCAUUAGGUGGAGAUUCUGGAAGAGGCAAAGGGGCAGCUGAUAGCUCUUCCUUCGAGCUUCAUAAAAUGUUCCAUGGCUCCAAAGGAAAAGAGCAUGGAGAGGAACCAUCUAUUUCUUUGAAUAAAGAAAUGUCUGAUCCAACACAAGUGGAAAUAAAUAAACUUCAUAAAUCAGUAAGCAAGUUGAUCAAGGCCGCUAAAGAUGCUGGGCAUAAAGUUGAGGAUAAUGAUCAAAAUGCCAAAUUGAAUCCUGCAGCAAAAAUUAAAGAAAACGAAAGUUCAAAUGACGAGGAAGAGCUUGAAAAACUUCUUAGCAGCUUUGGUAGUAAUGCAAAAAUUAAAGUCAUACGCUUGAAAUCAAAUGGGAAACUAACAAACGAUGAUAUUAUAAACGCAUUGAAAGCUGAAUCUCAGAACCAUAAAGUGACAAAUAAUGACGCUGAUGAUGAUUCAGCACUAUCUAUUAACCAGUUGCUGUCUCAGUACAAUCCAACUGAGUCACUUGAAGCACUUGGUACCAUAUCGAAAGGCGAAGACUUUGAAAGUCAGCUUCUAACGCAGGUCCCCGCAGAUGAAGCGCAGAAGAUUUUAACAGAGCUAAGUAAACCAAAGCCACCCCCGAAGAUCGAAAACAGUGAUGGUAUUAAGGUGGCUGGCGAUUCAGGUGGUAAUUUGCAAGUAAUGGAGCAAAAUCCGUUCUCAAAUGCAAUUUUUGGAAGUCAUACGUUAGCGGAAGAUGUGCACACCAGCCUACCAGCUAGUAGCGACGUACACCAAGAAAGGCCGGUCACAAUUGUUAACCAACCAAGUCAGUCUUCUUUGAUGACUGAGGGACAACCUGUCACCGUUGUUGGAAAUUUAGCAGAAAUCAGCAAGGCAAAUGUAAGAGCGAGUGCACUUGCACAAGAAAGCGAAGAUUCUAACCAAAUUGAUAUUGUUCAUGCUGUUGGACGCCCUGUGUCACAAGACAGGCCUCAGCAGUCUCCUGUCGAUCAAAAUAUCCAUGUUGCGCAUCAUGUUCCAAUCAAUCGUGUUUCUGAUUUUGAUGUUUUGGAUUUGGACCUGGUUGGGCUCAAGCAACUGUCUAAAACUGGGUAUUCCGCGAACUCCCCUACCUGGUCACCUUUUGCUCAACCAGCUGGUAAUUUUCCAUUGCAAAUCUCACAAGAACUCGAAGCAGCGCCGUUAGUCAGUGACCAAAUGGCUUCAAUGCUUUCUAGCGAAGACCUAGGAUCACCUGAAUUUUAUAAACGAGGAAAUAAGAUCUCACGCAAAAAACUUGCCAAAACACAUAGAAAAAAAGAGCAACCCAAUCGAAAGAACCAAAAGAAAAGGACUAAACUACAAAAAAAUCAUAGUAAAGAGACUCCGAGAAAUUUUAUUCCAAAACGAUCCAAGAUAUUAAGAGGAGAGCAAGCUGGUAAGCUAGAGAGCAGAACGAAGGGUAAUUGGCAUUCGCAUAACCACCGCCAAGCAAGUUCGUUAAUCAAGAAAUCCUCAUCACCAAGUGAUGACUGGGCUGUGAUAUCAACAUAUUUAAAGAAUCUUGAUUUACCAAAAACUAAAUGGAAAGCAGGAGCUAGGAGUAUAAUAAAUAAUGCACGAAGAAUCAUCGAUAUGGGCAAGGCCACUGGAAAUUCUAACACAUUAGACAAGGGAAAGAAUGCAGUUAUUCAGAGUAUUGUGCAACCAGAAGAUCCUAGUGAUGAUACAAAUAACGGAAAUCAUUUAAUAUCAAGUUUAUUACAAAACAUUGCUGAAGAGGUUGGAGGAAAUUCGACUCCUCUAGAUGAAUAUAUCAAUUCUGCACAUUUAGCAAAGAAAAUCCAGCGUGAUAUUGUCACUAGACGACCACUGCGAAAUGAAAAGAGCGAAAAGAAAACAUUUAAUCGUAUACUAAAUAGUGAUGAACUUAAAAAGGUUGAUGACAUUCCUGUAGAAGAUGAAUGAUUGAAUUGAGAGGUAUAGAUUUCUUAAAUGAUGGCGUCACAAAGAUAUAUUUUUUAGAAUUUUUGAAUUAUAAUCCCACAGCUUUAAAGAGCACCAAGAAAUGCCUCUAUCUGUGAAAAAUCAGAUUAAUUUGUUACGAAUUGGCUGAGAUAUGGCAACAUAUGCACAAGACACUUCCCCAUCAAACCACUGUAAUUUGGUCUCUUUUCAUAACUUUAGUAACAGAGCCAAAUUGAAAGCAAUACGGUAGUAAACUUCGAAUCGUUAAUUGGCCAUAUCUCAGCCAAUUUUGGCAUAUUUAACAGAAGUUGCAGAAUUAGAGGUAUUACAAAGUGCUCAUUUAGGUUACGUGGUUAAAACUGAAAAAUAGAUUUUAUUAUGACGUCACAUUUAAGAACUAUAACAUUUAAUGUGUUUUCCGAAUAAGCAAAUUGUGCGCUUACUUAAAAAAAUAGCUUCAGGGGUAUGUGCUUAUUAAGUAAGUACGGUAACUGCAUUUUUUGUAAAAAGUGGAACAUUUUUAACAAAGUUAUCGCCAGAUAGUUGAAACACGUUUGAGGAAAUUGACCUUUUUUCGAUUUUUGAUAAUUUGCCUAACCAAGGACGUUGAUCGAAGUAAAUCUUUUGAGAAUAGAAAAAUUUGAAUUAUCUUGCAGUGAGAGUAUCAUCGUUGGUUGCAUCAAAACUUUAAUUCAUUUAUUCUUCUAAGCAGUGGCGGAUUUAGAAGGGGCAACUAAAGGCAGUUGCCUCUCCCUCGAUGAGUUGAAGCAAGUAUGGCGCCCCUUUUUUGGAAACUGUGCGCCCCUUUUGAAGAAUGAGAAUCAGGUGAAAAAGUUUCUGAGACCAAUAGAUUAAUUUGCUUCAAGGUAGGCUCUAUGAGAAACGAAAGGGAAAUCAUUGUCUUUAGCGACGUAGUAAUAGACAGCUUUUUAGGAAACGGAGACACAAGAGCUUUUAGAUUAGUAGAAAAAACAGUUAAAAGUUUACUUAAGAAUUAAAGUUGAAAGAAUUAUGAAUGGGCUCUAAAAGUUUAAUUUUCGUGAGAUGUAAAAUCUCGUUAGGCCUGCAGUGAUGUAUAUAUGAUUAAAUCGAUAGUGUAGCAAGGAUUCAAUUAGCUCUAUACAGUGUUUUCUAAGAAUUUUAAUUUCUAAGAAAUUUAUAGAUUUUGUACUCCACUUGACAAUUUAUUUUUUAUAACUUCAUGCAUAAAUUAUACUAAGCAUCUGUUUCGUGUCUUGUUUGCUUUUCUUGACUAGCAUUUUUGUCUUACUUAUGUAAAAUGCAAAGAAACUGGUAUCAGAAUGUACACCAAUAACUAAAACAAAAACUUAACUGGUAACAUUCACAUUUAUAAUGUCUAGGGAAGUAUUAUAUUUUAUAUGCGGAUAAUUUUAUUUUUAGCUAAAUAUUGUUUUUUGGGGAAAUUACCAUUUAUUACUAUUCCUCAGAGCCCAGUCGUCCUUCCUUCUAGCAGUUUUGGAAUCGAUCUACAUACAAACAAAAAGCCGCCAUUUUGUAGACAGAAAAGGUUCGUUUUCUCUCUUGGAUUCCAGUGGUAAUUUGUCUUUAGGCACGGGACACUGAUUGUUCAACUAUACCGGUCUUGUGCCUGCAUUUUUCUGAUUGGUCUACUUCGAACUACAACUGGGUAUAUAUUUUUCAUCGUGUUCUUUCGGACCCUUAUUCUGACGUUUUAUGCUUUGAGUGUCAGACGAAAAAGCUUUUAGCCAAUAUGUUGUAAAAUGUUUGCUUUUUCAAAGCCAUUUUCAAGUUCUGCACUGCCAAAAAAUUGUUCACAUUUAUUUAUCAUUAUCAUCUUGAUAAAGCCCAGUCUUCUUAUCUUGAUUUUAACAGGUUCUUCAAAAUCGUUGAAGCUUUCUAAUAAUGAAUUAGACCAAAUAGGUUUGAAGCCUCGUAGCCUAUGUAUAUGACUUUCUUCCGAAGAAAACUUCGGAAAGCUUAACUCAUGUCUUGCUUCCCAGAUUUAUGGACCUGUCUUUUCUUAAAAUGAACAUACUUGUCUCAUCUUUCGCCUUUUUAGCUCUAUGCUUCUUUUCUCGUGCCAGGGAUAUGCUAAGGUUUCUUGGUCCAUCGUGACAUUAUCAACUAAACACAUAUUUUAAAAGAAAACAUUUUAAUUUCUAUAAACCAUGCCUUCUAUUCUUCUUACGCAGUUUGCCUUUUGUUUUUUUGAAGAUAUCAAGGCCUAUGCAAACUCCAAGAUCAUCAAGAUGUAUGUAUGUUUAGAUGGUGCAACCUCAGUACAGAAUACUAGCCAGUGGUCAUUUCUUUCAAACAGCUUUCAAAGAUAACUUCAUAGAUAUAACUAAAAAAAUCUACAAUAUAUGACAUCAAGCAUUUUGAUAGAUAACAUAUCAUCAAGGCAGGACAUUCAAGUUUUCUAGCGAUGCUUUUUCUUAAGCAAGAACUUGUUCGAGCUCUUUUAACUAGAUAUGCAAUCUUUGCUUCAUAAUUCCAUCAUCUGCUGAUGUCUUGUAUACUAAAGGAAGUGAAUUCGGUUUGGCGCUCCUUCAAAAUUUAGAAAUAAGUCUUUGUUAGAAAUGAUCAAAAUUGCAGCAAUUGUUGAACUUCGGCUCAUCGUUAGACACAAAAAGUGCAAACUGAGAAUUAAAUAGGCCACAAGAUACCUUCCUAGCAGAGGCUUGUCCAGAGUUUAUUUUAACAAAUUUUUAUCACUGCACAUAUUCAAAAGUUUUUGAAAAUUUGGGUGUCACCUUUUGAAAAUUUUCAUGACCACACCCAUCAAACUAGAUGGAUCAUGAAAAAUCUCGAUAGGUUUUAGAUACUGAACAAAUUUCAAACAGAUUUCAUGAAUUAUGAUCACUGCUACUGUUAUCUUCUCGUUUUUAAUAUUGUAAUGCUCUUUGAUUAGCUUUAUUUUAGUUUUAUCACUGCACAAAGUUUGAAUUUAGCACUGCACAAUAACGUUUUAUUGCUGCAAAAAUUGGCUAUCACUGCGAGUUAAAAUAAACCCUGGGCUUUAAAAUGAACAAUUUCUAUUACAUGGGUCUUCGAGAUGGAAUUAAUCAAACGAAACAAAAGUAUUCCUGAAAACAGUAAUUUGCUUAAAAUGAAAUGAAAUAUUUAAUGACGGUUCGUGCAUAAAACGAACGAACAGGGUCUUAAUAUAUUUAAUGGCGGUCUUAUGGUCUUAUGCUAGAGUUCGUCAAGA